CAAUAUCACCACUCCCUUCUUGUAUGGUAAAAGCUUGGGACAUCCUACUCUCAGGAUUGAUGCUUUAGGAAAGGGCUCCUUCGUCCCCAAUGAUGUCAGUAUUGGUGGAAUUGAACAAGCCAGUUUUAUUCUUCUCACUGGUCCUAAUAUGGGUGGUAAAUCAACGCUUCUUCGUCAAGUUUGCAUGUCUAUAAUCUUAGCACAGAUUGGAGCUGAUGUUCCAGCAGAGAGCUUCGAGCUCUCACCUGUUGAUCGCAUCUUUGUCCGCAUGGGAGCAAGAGAUCACAUUAUCACUGGCCAAAGCACAUUCCUGACCGAGCUUUCAGAAACUGCAUCUGUGUUGUCUUCUGCGACCCGACAUUCCUUUGUAGCACUUGAUGAACUUGGUCGGGGAACAUCUACUUCUGAUGGACAAGCAAUUGCUGGAUCUGUUUUACAGUAUCUGGUUCAUGAAACUGACUGUAGGGGUAUCCGUGUGUCAUAUGGCUUGUAAAGUAGGAAAGGGAUUAGACGGCGUGGAAGAAGUCACAUUCCUUUACAAACUGACCCUUGGUUCUUGUCCCAAAAGCUAUGGCGUAAAUGUUGCUCGCCUGGCUGGAAUACCCCUCUCGGUUAUUCAGAAAGCCAUGGCAAAAUCAAAUGAUUUUGAGGGUAUUUAUAGUAAUCGCCAACGCGGUCGAAGUUUCCUGAAAGAUAAAGAGAUAUCUGCCAUUCAAUAUUUGAUGAACGUUGCAGAGAC